AUGAAAUGCCUUGAAGGUCUGCACUUACAGCACAGGCCAAGCAAAUUCUCUGUUCCCUUGGCUCCUGAAGAAGGCUUAGAAUGUGCCUUCCGACUGGAGGAAGAAGAGAAGGAGAACGAGGAGAAAUUUGUGUGUUCAGACUGGGCCCCAGAAGUGAAGGAGGAAGGGAAUGAUCUCUGGGAUCCAGCCAUAGUGAGCGCCAUCCAAAAUACCCAAGUACCACAGCAGAGAGGGCUGCACAGUUCCCCCACAGUCAAGGCCUCUGGUGCCUUGGGGAUGACACCAGCCUCCCUGCAUUUUCUGUGUCAGUCCGUGUUCCCGAGAGCCAGUUCUCCAGCCCAUCAUUUUGGACCUCAACAGCCCUCACCAGAUCCUUUUCUGUUCUGCAGCCCUCUGACCCCGUGGCCCCCUAAACUCAGACUUCCCAGUCAUCUGACCCAGCUCCACCCUCAGCAUCAGAAGAUCCUACAGCAGCAGCAGCAGCGGCGGAGUCAGACAGCAAGACGUGUCCCAGGCCAGAAGCCUCGGUCUCGUGAGUCAGACGCCUAUGCUAACCUCAUGACCCGAAAAGAGAAGGACUGGGUGAUCAGAGUGCAGAUGGUUCAACUGCAGAGCGAGAACCCCCGCCUGGAUGAUUACUACUACCAGAAGUACUAUCAGAAGCUAGAGAAGAGGCACGAGCUGCUUGGGCAGAGGAACAGGGCUGAGUCUCUCAAGUUGGUCACGCCUUACAUCCAGAAGUCUGAAGUUUAUGAGUCAGUGGUACGAAUCGAGGGUUCCCUGGGCCAGGUGGCUGUAUCAACAUGUUUUAGCCCUCGCCGAGCUAUUGAUGCUGUAUCUCACGGAACUCAAGAGCAGGAUACAGGAGCCGAGAGCAGCCAGAGACUUCGGGUAUUAUCCCAGAUCGAGAAGAUGUUCCUUCAGUUACUAAAAAUAGAGGAGGGCCAGAACGAUGGGUUCCCACAACACUACCACUUGAGGGAACAGAGCAACCAGGUUGAGAAGCUCUUUCAGGCCUUAAAGACUCAGGAGCAGAACAACCUGGAGGAGGCAGCAGAUAACCUUCUGCAAGUGCUGUCUGUGAGGAAAGGGAAAAUUUUCGUGGCUCGGCUGCUCCCCUUCCUGCUCCAGGAUCAAGCUGUUAGCCUCCUCCUGUAUAUCACGUACCAUCUGCCCCUCCUGAUCCAGAGAGACAUGGCUGACCAGAGUCUACACAUGCUAUUCAAACCUCUGAGGAAAUAUAUCAGACAUUUGACCUUCCCUCAGCUCCUCCAUGCCCUGCAAGGUCUAAUGUUGCUAUCACCUGACUCCUCAGAGCGGCCAGUCUCUGUGGUACUUCAGAAUCAGUUUGGGAUAUCCCUGCUGUAUGCCUUGCUGAGUCAUGGAGAGCAGCUGGUGUCCCUGGAUUCUUCCCUGCAAUCCAGCAGUGACUGCGUAGCUUGGACAGACUUGGUGAUUCUGGUUGCCUGGGAGAUUGCUCAGUUACCUGCAGCAUCCUUGGCGGAACCUCUAGCCUUCCCCAGGAAUCUCCUCCCCUGUUCUGCCACCACAUGGACCAACAAUUAG